AUGUCUUCUCAAACAUCAGAUGCAAAGCCUCGCAAGUCGCUCAUCCUCAAUGCCUUUGUGGAAAUGUGCAGCGGCCAUCAAUCGCCAGGACUAUGGCGACACCCCGAAGAUGAGUCGCAUCGCUUCAAUGAUGUUGACCACUGGGUUGAGUUAGCACAAUUACUCGAGUCGGCCAAAUUCCAUGGCAUUUUUAUCGCAGAUGUUCUUGGAGGAUACGAUGUCUAUAAAGGACCCAGAAACCUCGAUCCUGCAGUGAUCUCAGGUGCUCAGUGGCCAGUGAACGAGCCAUUGGCUGUUGUUCCCGCUAUGGCGGCAGCUACGAAGAAUAUUGGAUUUGGAGUGACGGUCACAACAACCUACGAACAGCCAUAUCAUCUUGCAAGACGACUAUCUACAGUCGAUCAUCUUACCAAAGGACGCCUGGGAUGGAAUCACGACGACCGCUACCUCCUCGCCGAAGAAUACAUCAAAGUCACCUACAAGCUAUGGGAGUCCUCCUGGCGCCAAGACGCCGUAACCCUCGACCGCGAGCGUGGCAUCUACACCGACCCAGCAGGCGUGCGUCAAAUCAACCACGUUGGUAAAUACUUCAACGUGCCUGGACCUCACCUCUGUCAACCCAGUCCACAGCGCACACCAGUCAUCCUCCAAGCCGGUACUUCAAAAGCAGGCAAAACCUUCGCUGCGCAACAUGCCGAGGCUAUCUUCGUGGCGGGACACAGCCCAGCCGUAGUAGCGAAGAACGUGAAGGAGAUUCGAGAGCUUGCACAGAGCCAGUAUGGACGUGAUCCGCGAAGUAUUAAAUUCCUCGCACUUCUUUGCCCUAUUCUCGGUAAGACCGAGGAGGAGGCAGUGGAGAAGUUUAAGUAUUUCCGCAGUCUGGGGUCUAUUGAUGGAGCGCUUGCGUUGUUCGGUGGGUGGACGGGGAUUGAUUUGGAUACGUAUGGAGAUGAUGAGGAGCUGCGACAUGUUGAGAGUAAUGCUAUCCGAUCUGCUGUCGAGGGCUGGUCCAAGGCAACACCUGAAGUGGCUAAAUGGACAAAAGCCACUGUUGGUCAGCACAUCACCGUUGGAGGUCUGGGUGCGACUCCUGUCGGUACAGCAGCUCAAGUUGCCGAUAGCAUGGAGCGGUGGGUAGAAGAAGCUGACGUGGAUGGGUUUAAUCUGGCAUAUGCAAUCAAGCCCGGCUCCUUCAAGGAUAUCAUUGAUCUCCUUAUCCCCGAGCUCCGCAAGCGAGGUCUGUUCUGGGAUGAUUAUGCCGUGCCCAAGGGAACAUACCGUGAGAAUUUAUAUGCGCAGCCAGGCCAGUCGGGACCACAUGCAGACCACCCUGCUUCUAAGUAUCGAUGGAAUGCUGGUGUGGAUGCUUCGGAUGCUAGGAUUCCAGAUAACUGA